UUAUCUCUGUAAGAACAAGUAUCAAAAUAACAAGUAUCAAAAUGUUUCAAUGAAACAUUUACCAACAAAUACUGAAAACUUCUAUGCGUGAAGUUCUUUUUAUUAAAUGUUUCCUUUGAUGAGCAAUUUAUCUUUCAAUCUUUUAAACGUUUGACAAGUGGUAUAGUCAACUUUGUCGAGUGAUUAUAAUUUUAUAAUUAUAUACUUAUAUAAUUGGAACAAUUAAAUACUGCAAUUAUUUAAAAGAUUCUUUGGAAUAAUAUGGCUAAACCGGACAGCGAAAAUGAUAUCUUUCCACGGAUACAGUAUGCAUUUCCUAUUUUAUACGAACAGAUUCAAAAUGAAUGUACAGAUGAAGAAUUCAAUAAAAUAAUCAAUGAAAUAAAGUCUCUUGGAUUAACAGACUUUGUCAAGGACGUAGUUAUUUAUCAUAUACAACGAUACAUAAGACAGAAUGUGGCUCCCACAUUUUGGAAACACUUUGUAAAUACCUUAGAUGGACAACAAGGUUUUGAACAUUUUAAGAAUGCAGUGGAUGGAUUAUAUGUUAGCUUAACAGAAUUUCUGCCACUAUUAAAAAAACUGGAAUAUUUGAUACAAAGUGAAGGCAUUAGAAACUUGAAUGGUACUGAUAUAUUAAAUCAGUUUAAGGCAAUAGUCAGAUCUACGCUACUGAGUCAAUUGCCUUUGCGCUAUGAGCAUGUUGUAGAACAAUUUUAUAAGAUUUCAUUCAAUGUGUUCUGUAGUGCAGAUAACUCAACACAUGUAGCCAAUCCUGAUGGUGAUUCUCUUCGAUGCAUGGGCUGUUUACAAAAACUAGAAAAAUGCCAAUGCCAAAUGAUAGUAUUCAUGUUUCAUGAAACUAACAGAAAGUUAAUAGAGCUAGAAUUAUUGGAAAGGAUAGUUGGUAACGUCCUCACGUCGUUGAUACACAUACGUAUAAAAAAUCACGUAUAUCGAUCAUGCGACAAAACGUUUGACGUAUCGCAAAUAGCAUCGUUGGAAAAUUGGCUUGAAACGGUUGUUAUGAAUUGGUUGAUCAGGAUAUACUCUGGUGGUUCUUCAAAAAUUGUAUCAUUGAAUGAUCAAACUCGUAACGCUAUAAAUAAGUUCAAACAGAAAUUGUCUCACUUUUUAUACGAGACGUAUACGAGAUUCAGAAUUGAACAACUCUUCGAUAUCAUAAUAGAGUAUCCCGAUUCUCAACCUGCGGUGGAUGACUUACGCGUUUGCCUGCAACGAACUGAUUUAAGAAAAUUCCUAAUAGAAAAUUUACAAGAAGCUCUGAAAUCAAGAUUACUGCAUCCAGGUGUAAAUACACCGGAUAUCAUAACGGCUUACAUUGCCGCUAUAAGGGCGUUGAGGCAAUUGGAUCCAACGGGAGUUCUUCUUGAGACGAUUACGGAACCUAUUAAGAUUUAUUUAAGAAGCAGAGAAGAUACCGUACGCUGCGUGGUAAGCGACUUACUCGAUGAUUCUCCUAGCGAUCUAGCAGAUGAAUUAGUUAAAGGAGAAUCUAUACAACUAGACGACGGUUCCGGCGAUGAAGAGAAUGAAGAUUGGGAUAAGUGGAUGCCGGAUCCCGUUGACGCUGAUCCUGCAAAAUCAGCGCAGCGCAGAAUGUCAGAUAUAAUCUCGAUGUUGGUAAACAUAUAUGGCAGCCAAGAUCUGUUCGUAAACGAAUAUCGUACAUUGUUGGCGGAUAGAUUACUAUCCCAAUUAAAUUAUCACACUGAGCGAGAAAUCCGCCACUUGGAAUUACUGAAAAGACGCUUCGGGGAAAAUCAACUUCAUUAUUGUGAGGUUAUGUUGAAAGAUGUCUACGAUUCGAAAAGAAUAGACGGUCAUAUACAGUCGGACACGAAUUACAUAUUAGAGAAAGAACGGUUCCCUACAUCCGCGUUAAUAUUAUCGGCACAAUUUUGGCCACCUUUCAAAGAGAACUGGAAACUGGAACUACCAAAAAUUGUACAGAAUCAAUUGAAUAAAUAUGUGAAAGCGUUUGAAACUUUGAAAGGGAAUAGAACGCUCUGUUGGAAACCCCAUCUUGGAAACGUCACAUUAGAAAUCGAGUUAAAGGAUCGAAAAUUAAAUAUAAACGUAACGCCGAUACACGCUACGAUCAUCUUACACUUUCAAGAUAAAAAGGAAUGGACUUUGGAAGAACUGGCGGAAGUGAUGCACGCCCCGGCAACCGUGUUAAGAAGAAAAAUAACCUUUUGGGUCUCGCAAGGUCUUCUGAAAGAAGUAUCUAACGACGUUUACGCGUUGCAAGAGGAAAGCUCGACGAAAAACCGAUCUCUAGCGGAUAUCGUGGAAGAGGAAGAAAUCGAGAGCGCAAUGGCGUCUGCGAGCGAUCAGAGGGAAGAAGAGUUACAAGUGUUUUGGUCUUACAUCGUUGGCAUGUUGACCAAUCUAGACUCGAUGCCUUUGGAAAGGAUUCAUCAAAUGUUAAAAAUGUUUGCUUCUCAAGGUCCAGGUGCAAUGGAAUGUGGACUACCGGAAUUGAGACAGUUCCUCGAUAGAAAAGUUCGAGAACAUCAGUUAUUGUUCUCCGGUGGUUUAUAUCGCUUACCGAAAUCGUAAUACGCUUAUUUCUUUCGAGCUACAUGUUGCAUAACUCGGACACUUUAUAAAUAUUUAUAAUAUAAUUUGUAUACAUAUUUAUAGAUUGUAUUUUUUUAAUCUCGCUCGUGUACAUAGUUCAUAGAUAUAGAUUUCAAGGAUAUCCUUAACGUUUUGUUACGCUUGUCCAUAUGUGGGCAUAUUUUAUUUGGAAUAAAAUAAAGCAAUUUGAAAUAAUAAAUUAUUACAACUUGUUUAUUAUUUUUAUUUUAGAAAUACAUAGAAAAGAUUUUACGUAGAAUUUAACCACUUUCAGAUAAUUUUAUAUCUGGUCAUUUAAAUAAAAUAACAAAUAAUUUGACAUGAAAGGAUAAUUAUUUUAUUUAAAUGAACUUGAGUCAAUAAAUUCGUACGUGUUUAUACAAAUUUGUUCCAGUUUUCUGAUGGGGAAACCUGGCUUAUAUACAUAGAAUUAAAAAAUUACCUGUACGAUGGCAAUGAGUUGUCGAGGAAAAUUAUUGCUGAAAUAUUCUGCUAAAAAUUUUUACAUAAUCUAACAAUUAUUUCAAAUAACGUUUAAACAAAUAUAUAUUAUUUGUCAAGUAUAUAAAUAAUGUUUAUGGUCCAUAUACAACGUUACGUAUUAUUAAAUUGCCAGUACCACGAUAGUAAAUCGAAAAGGUUAAAAAAGGAAAAGAUAGGAUUAUUUUUGGUCCCUGGUUUCAAGGUACGAAGACAACGAGUCCGAACAAACACGUGGGUUAAAGAAAUUAAUAUCGUCGAAUCUCCAGACGAUCAUUCGUUUUAUUAAAGCAAUUGACAUGCUCCCUUUCAAUUAAAUUCUCGUUAAUAUCCUUGACAAUGGCAUCGCGAAAAUGAUUCACGCAACUAUGAUUAAAGUAACGCGUUGUUAAUGAAUGGUGAUUAAUACUAAAAGAACACGUUUUAGAGACUUUUUUUUAUUAUAAAAAAAAGAGAAUUAUUUAACGUUAAAAUAUAAUAUGUUCGGUAUCGUGUAACGUUAAAGAGUAUCCUUUUGUUAUUUUUAAGAUCGAAACAUUUACAUAUAAUUUAACACGAUGUACAAUUUAAUUAUAAUUAAUUCAUGCAUGCGAAUACAUAUAUGCGUAUGCCGUUACUUAUACGUGUAGGUAAGUAUGUACUAACCAGGAAUUGAAACCUGAUCGAUCAUAGAAAUAACCGUUCGAAACUACUUCUGUUAAAAAAUGGCGGUAACCGACGAAUCUUAUCGUUAAAAACGAAAACGAUACCACAUCGGUUUCAAAGCGAUUCCAUGGAGUAGCAAAUUCGAACGAACGUUUUUGAACAGCCAUAAAAAAAUCCUGCAUGAUACAUGAAAACUAAAAGCUGACGACUAGGCUAAAUUGAUUCUGUUUUGAAUUUCUACAUGAAAUUUCAAUUCUUAAAUAAGUUCGAGAAUGGCGUGUAAGUAAAUAUAUAGGACGGUAUAUCUUGUUCGAAAUUGAUCGCUCACGGGUUUAACGGAAAACCGGUGGAGAACCGUUAUCUACAGAGCCGCCAUUAUUAUCCGCGAUAAUAAAUUCAAAACUAUUUUAAGAACCGUUAUUGUGCCAGCUUUCAAUCCCUGGUGUGAAUUACAUCUAAAUACGCUAUUGCACUAAAUACGCGACAAAAGUACCUUCGAUUUUCAACUUUUCCUAUUCCUACAUAUUUCUACAAAAUAUAUUUCUUUGAGUUAUAUAUACUAUAUAUAUAUAUAUAAUGUCAAAAUAUAACGAAUGCUACUUUAAACUAAAAACUCGAGUAGAUUUCAGAUCACUCUUGGUACAAUUAUAUCGUGAAACUAUCCACGCAAAGUAUUAAACUUCGCGUUCAGAUAAUCGAAAGGUGCCUGUUGAAAAUACAAGCACGGACCGCUAACAUACGCGAACGCGAAAAUAGUUGGCGUUGCGCGUACAUACGUAUGGCAAAUUUCAAUCACGCGAAAUAUAACAUAUGUAUAUGAACCAAUAUGGAAUCGAUCCAUAUACUUUCGCGUAUAAACGGUAAACGAUAGACGACGUUGCAUAAUUAGAAUAUAAUUUCGAAGUGGAUGUGCGGGUAUUCGGAAUUGGGUCCAAUCGGGUAAAGGGUUUUAGAAAAAUUGAAAGUAAAGUGAAUUUAAAAUUUACAAACGUGAAUAUUUGUAGAGUUUGAUAAUUAUAAAUGUGAGAAACUUUUUAACAUUGAAUUUGUAUAUUUGUAAAUGUCUUAAUUAUCUCAGGGGAGUCCCGACUUAUUCCGACUGGACCCAACAGAUGACCCGAUUACCCGCGCAUUCUUUCCGACGUGAUUGUCCGUCUGCAAAGGUACGAUCGGUUUCAGAAUCUGGUUACUAUCGAGCACUUUCAGUCUCUAUCUUCUAAAAACUUAAUUUUAUCAAAUUGAAAAUAUGUAAUCGAUAAACAAUUAGUCUAUUAUUUUACAAAUAGAUUGCACCACGACGUUAUAUAACAGAAUUUUUAAAUUAUAGAACAUUAAAAUAUAAUAAUAAUAUAAUAUAUAUGUAUAUAUAUAUAUAGAUAUAUCUUUGUUAAAAACUGGAGAUUCUUUCUAUCUACGUAACAAACUAACGUUGUUCGAACGUUAGGAGAAACUACUUGGUCUUAACGCCUAAUCGGUAGAUUCGUGUAUUUUGAUUUUCUUAUAUUCCUUCUUAGGUGAUUUCUUCGUUAAACCAACGAGAAUUCUAAGUCUCGAGUGAAGGUUAGAAGUUACGCGUUUCCCUGUAACUUACGAUUUUAUAUUAUAUUACAUUAAUCGUCGUUACGUUACGUUUAUAUCAACGGGUAAGAUCGGACGGUGUUCGAUCGUUGAUAAAAAAAAAAGAUCUUUAACCGCUUAAUGUUAACGUGAUUGUAACAAAAAUAUUUUUUUUUUUUAUUCUUUUCAAACCGUACUUUUUCCUGAGUCGACUUAAUAGUAAUUUCGUUUCUACUCGCGAAAAUCAAAAUGGAAAUAAGUUUUGAUUUUAUUAUAUAUUGCACCUAUUACGCGCGAACGUAUUCGUUCUUUAAUUAAACAAAGUACAUGAUA